GCCCCGGGCGGGGAGCGCGCUCGCUCGCUGGCAGCGGCCGGGGCGGGGAGCACCCGGUCCCUCCUCCUCCUCCUCCUCCCGCCCUCGCCAUCGCCACCCGCGCCCGCCGCCGAUGCCGGGACUGCGCCCGCGUUUAGGAAUCGAUUAAAGAAUCUGCAUAGAAUUCAAUAUGGCAUCAACACAGUCAUCUGCCUCAACAGAGGAGCCGGCUUCCUCUGAAAUAGAUGAUCUCCAUCUAUCCCUGCAGGUGCAGCGAGAGUUCACACAGAAGAAAACCUUCACUAGUUGGAUAAAUUCAAUAUUGGCAAAGCAUACGCCUCCUUCUGUUAUCUCAGACCUGUAUACAGACAUACAGCAAGGACAUUUGCUUCUUGAUCUGUUGGAAGUGCUUUCAGGUCAACAUCUGCCACGGGAAAAAGGAUUUAAUACCUUCCAGUGUAGAAGUAAUAUAGAAAAUGCUCUGACAUUUUUAAAGAGCAGAUCACUGAAGCUCAUAAAUAUUCAUGUUGCUGACAUUAUCGAAGGAAAACCUUCCAUUGUGCUUGGCCUAAUCUGGACCAUUAUAUUUCAUUUUCAUAUUGAAGAACUUGCCAGGACACUUGCUUGUACUUACAAUCAGCCUUCACUUGAUUGUUCAAGUGCUGUUGACUCCUCUCCAAAGGCAAGCAGAUCAGCUAAAAAAAGUGCUAAAAUUAAGGAACGAUGGAAGAUGUCUGCUACAAAGGCUCUAUUGUUGUGGGCUAAAGAACAGUGUUCACUGCACGGCUCUAUCAACGUGACUGAUUUCAAGUCCAGCUGGCGGAGUGGACUGGCUUUUUUAGCCAUCAUCCAAACCUUACGACCAGGUCUAGUUGAUCUGGAGAAGGCAAAAGCCAGAAGCAGUAAAGAAAACCUGAAAGAGGCUUUCAGAAUUGCAGAACUGGAGCUGAAUAUCCCACGACUCCUUGAGCCUGAAGAUGUUGACAUUAUGAAUCCAGAUGAAAAAUCAAUCAUGACUUAUGUGGCUCAGUUUUUGCAAUACUCCAAGAAUUUGCCUGAGUCUGAAGAAGACAUGCAGGAAAAAGUAAGAGAGGCCAUGGGCUGGUUGGCUGCACAGGAGGAGAAGUUAGCAAAGCUGCUGAUUGACACAGAGAAUGAAACAUAUUACCAGAAGUGCAAAGAAAUGAUGUCAUUUAUGGAAACAUUUAACCAAGAAAAGAACGCCUUUCUGCCUGUGUUGUCAUCAAAAAGAAGUGAAGCUGAGCUGAGUGAAGACCAGAAGCAGAUGAGGGAAGAGUGGGAUAAAGUGAUCUCUCAGAUUAACGAGUGGAAAGCGAAGCUGGACCAGAUGUUGCCCUCCCCUCUGGGUAGCAUUGAGGCUUGGCUUCAGGAGGUAGAACAUCUGCAGGCAGAAGAUUUGCCUGAUUUGCAGGACCCAUUUAAAGCAAUGUCUCUCUUCAGAGAAAAAAUUGUAAUACUUAAGGGUUUGAUGGAUUGUUUUGAUUCUCACUUGGACACCCUUCAGUCAUUUAAGAAUGAAGAUGAGAAUAAUAUGCCACUGGUCUUGCCUGAAAAAUUAGAGGAAAUGAAAAGAAGAAUCAGCAAUAUUCAUUUCACAAACUCCAGCACUUUUCUUGAGUACCACUAUGGACUGUGCUCAGCUAUUGCCAAUGAGGUGACAUUAAAGCUAAAUAUCUGGGACAUGAAAUAUGGAUCAAAAGAGUCUGUGGAAUCACUGCUGAAAAAUUGGAAUAAUUUCAUUGAAGAAAAGAAUCUUGAAGCACAACUAGAAACUGCUACUCGAAUCUGUGAAGAUCUGAAAAACAAAAACAUAUGCGGUCUUGAUUUAGGCGGAGACCCUCAAGAAAUCAGCAAACUUUUUAAGACAGUGGAGUCAAAGAUUUCCACGUGCAAAGACUAUAUUUCCAAUGUAAAUAGCACCUUACAGAAAGUCCUGUCCUCCUGGAGUAAUUAUACAGAAAACAAUCACUUGUUAAAGACGUGGCUGGAAGAAAACAGAAAUGAGCAUCCAAAAGAGAUCCCUGCCGAGGUCCUGGCAAAGAGGAAUUCAAUUCAUGGUUCCUUAAAUGAAGCUGGAAAUUAUCUCAUCGAAGUCAGCAAAGAGCAAGUUGGAUCAAAUAUUUCCAAAGAGCUGAAGAAACUGAACAGGAGAUGGGCAAAGUUCAUCAAGAGGACACACUUUCUUGGAGAAGGGAGUACAAAUGCUGAGAAAAACAAGGAACUUCCAGGGAGCCUGGAGAAAAUUGAAGAGCUCCUUGGAGAGGUGGAUAGAUGGGCAGCAGAGACUGGAUGUCUGCUUGGCAAGAUCAGUCAGGAGGGGCCUGUGGAACCUGAGACAGAGGAACGUUUGCAGAGUUUGGCUGCAAGAGGAACCUUAUGCCAAGAACAAGUUGUGGCAGCAGAAGAGAGAUUGCAAUCCCUGAUGCAAAAUGUUCCAAGUCAGGUGUUUCAACAGCAUUCUCACACCACUGGGCUGGAGGCACGAAUUAAAGAAGCCAGAGACAAAAUUGAGGCUGUCAUGGGUGACAUGAACAACAUGCUGUCCAAAUCUGAGAAGAGACCAUCAGAAAAGGAGGCUUUGCUUAAUUUUGAAGAAUCCCAGAAAGAGCUUGAGGUCUCUAUUUCAAAGGCUGUGCAACUUGUCAGUCAAAAAUUAAACCCAGAAGAAUGUAUUUCAAGAUACGAGGAAGCUUUUAAUGCUCUGGACAACAAAGUUCUUGAGAAAUUUUUGAAAGCAGCUGAACAGCUGAAAAAUAUUUCAUCUGAUCAUGAAAAGCUGGUAGUGGAAGAAGAUGUUCGUAGGAGAUGGGAGGCUGUUCGUCAGGAAAUUAUAUCCUAUGUCCAGCUCAUGGUAGAAAGGGAAAAAAAGAAAUUUAAUGCAACUUUAAAAAAAAUCAAUAAGCAAUUAGGCAAAGAGAAGAAACUCCUAAGUAUGGAUAAAACCAAAGGGCUCAUCAAGGAACAUGAGGCCUCUUUUUCACAUGAAGGCAGCCUGAGGGAACUUCAGAAGUCAUUAGAAGACCUUAAAAUACUGGGAAGACUGUCAGAAGAAACUGUCCCAGGAAUACAGACACUCACUGCAGACUGUGAACAAAAGCUAGAAAAGGUUCAGCAAAUGGUGGCAGAUACUUCCACAGCGCUGCUGGCUCGUGCUGGGAUAGGACAGGCACCUCAGAAAGGGAGCUCCAUUAUUGCUUCUGAGAAUGGAGAAGAGCCUGGUUCUUCUCAAGAAAUCAAUAACCUUUCGGUACAGGAGACCUCAAGACCUGCUGCAGAUAUAGUUUUGGAACCAGAUGUGAAACAUCACAAUGGAGAAAGCUGUGCAGAGAAAUUUGAGGAAGACAGUGAUUUGGCCAUACCAGCUUUGUUAGAGAGCUAUAACAUACAAAGAAGUAACCUGGAGGAACUGUUACAAAUCAGCAGAGAUAAAGUAGCAUCUGGCUUUACUGAUGAAAUAAAGGGCACUUCAUGCCUUCAGAAUAAGCUGCUUGAACUACAGGUGAUAGAGAGUGAAAUCAGUUCUGGUUGGACACAGUUGGAAAACAUCUCAUCUACCUUAGAAAAUCUUGGGGUUGAAGUGCAGCAGGCUGCGCUCUCUGAGACAAGAAACAAGCUACAAGGAGAGUGGAAAGAGCUUCAGGAUAUUAUAAGUACCAGAAUGAACUCUUUAAGGACUGCUUUGGAAAUUGUUUUGCCAAUAGAAAAUGAAUCCAUUCUUCUCUGUGAAUUGGAUCAGCAGCUGAAGAAAAAGGACAUCCAGCAGUUUAAUCUGAUGAAUAGUGAUCUUGCUUAUAGGGAACUGAAGGAGCUACAGAGAUCCAUAUUAAAUCAGAUUGAAGUGUGCAAACAGUUGGAACACCUAGAUAGUUCAGCAAGGGAUGAAUUUAAUCCAAUAGACCUGCAAGCUGCAAGUAAAAUUAUGAUUUACUAUCAAAACCAGCUUGAAGAAAUGAGCAAUAAAAUGCAGAUCCGCGAGACAGUACUUAAAGAUCUGGAAGCUUUUAUGGCCUCAUUGAGGAAGAUUCAGUCUUCCAUCAAAUGUCUCACAGAUCCCCCAGGUCAGCCUGAAAUACAGGGGAAAGCUUUGAGAGAGGCUGCACAAGAAGUUUCUCACAUGUCAGAAGAGGCCAAACAUUUGGAUGAACGCCUGAAAACUGUUGAUAUCUGUUUGGAAGAUGCUGAAUGUGGGAGAAAGACUUGCUGUGAAAACCUUGUUUUGACUUUAUCUGAAAAGCUAAAUACGAUUUAUGAUCCCCCAAGUGAACAGGUGCUUACAGAAGAAAGAGACUUGUAUGAGAUUUUCUCCAGAAAAAACGCUGAACUCCUUAAAAACAUUCAGGAUCUACGUGACAGAAUUAACAAAAUAGGCUUGAAGGAUCCAACAAUUCCAGCUAUUCAGAAAAGGAUAAAAUCAUUAACAGAAUUGGAAAAGGAAUUGGACUGUGCUGCUGUUGAAAUGAAACCUAUGCAAGAAAUUGCUAAUAAGCUCCCACAGAUCAAUGAGGAAAAGGCAGAGGAAGCAAAUGAGCAGUGCAGAGCUACAGAGAGGUUAUGGGAGGAUACAAAGCUCUUGCUUGCUGAAUGCCAGGAGCAGUGUGCAAGGGUUCUGGAGCUCCUGAAGCAAUACCAGAGCUGCAAAACAAAUCUGACCAGCAUCAUCCAGAAACAGGAGAUUGUGCUUUCACAGCAAACUUCUUACAUGGGGAAGGAGAAUUUGAACAGACUAAUAACAAAGAUUGAAGAGGCAAAAGAAGAAUUUAAUGAUCACUCUGAAGAUGUAGACAAAAUAAAUCAGAUCUGCAAAAACCUGCAAUUCCAGCUGAAUAAAAUGAGAAGCUUUGAGGAGCCUCCGUUCGAGAAUGAGGCUAACGUUAUUGUGGACAGAUGGCUGGAUAUCAAUGAAAAGACUGAAAACUACUGUGAUAAUUUGGGAAGAGCUCAGGCUUUGUGGGACAAACUUCUAAGUUUAUCUGGCACAAUUGAGGCUUGGGCAAAUGCAGAGCUCAAGAAUGCAGAAGACCGUUGCCUGACCGAAGAGGACCUCACGCAGUUGAAGGCAUGCUUACGAGUCCAAGAGCAGAAACUCCAGAAAUUUGACAACACGGUGGCUGAGAUAGAAGAACUUCUGAAUAGUAAUGAACCUCCACUGGAGCUGCAGGUCAUCAGAUCAUCUGUUGUGCAAAAAAUGGAGCUAAUAAAAGAGCUCUUGUCAACGAAGCGAGGGACCAGUGAACUCACCGUGAACACAGCAGAACUGAAAGGAGACCUUGAUCUGGCCAAGACACAGAUUGGAAUGACUGAAUCACUUUUAAAAGCUUUAUCUCCUUCAGACACCUUAGAGAUCUUUACUAAAUUAGAGGAGAUACAUCAGAAAAUUCUGCAACAAGAACACCAUGUGGCUUUACUCCAAGAGGAGACGGAUUGUCCUGAUGUGGAUGAAUUAAAUAAGCAGCUUAAAUGUGUCACUGACUUAUUUAAUAACAAGAAACAUGUGCUUCAAGAUCACUUUAUCGAUGUUUUGAACCGUCAGUGUAAGAAUUUUAAUGACUGGUUCAGCAGCACUCAGCUGUCUUUGAAGGACUGCUUUGACCCCUCAGAAACAAAACCGAUACUGGAAGAAAGACUACAGAGGCUAAAGCACUUCCUAACAUCUGAAGGCAAAGAUAGAGAUAUCCAAGAGGUUAAAACUUUACUGAAUAAAGUGAAGCCUUACUUGCCCAAAGCAAGCAUUAACCACCUUAACAGCCAUGUGAGAGAUCAAGAAGCAGAACUACAAAGAUUGAUCUCCAAAUGUCAGAAACGGGAAAAGGAACUUGGUGCUUCUCUCCAGCAGCUCAGUAGCCUUGAAGAAAGCAUCUCAACCUUGGAAGAAUGGCUCACUGCUCAGGAGGAAAAACUAAAAGAUAUCAAUAAAGAUGAGACUAAACUUGAAAACUUCUAUAAAGCACUAUUAAUGCAGAGAAAACCAUUUGACUCCAUGGCUCAGCUAGCAAAUUCCUUGAGGGAGGCUGGGCUGACAGAAUAUGAAACCAUUUCAGAAGCCAGUAAUCUUAUUAGUAGGUACCACACAUUGGUAACACAUGUAAGUGGAAUGGCAGGGAAUACUGAGAGACUUCCAGUGGAGGAACAAAAUUUUGAAGAGCUUGCCCAGGAUGUUUCUUGCUGGAUCAAAAAGCUUGAAGAGGCUGUUGAUAAACUGAGUUCCCAGGGAAAUGAGUUGCCAUCAGAGGAAAGGAUUAAUCAUAUAAAGGAAAUCACAGCUCUCAGAGAAGAAGGAGAGGCCAAAAUACAGAAUAUGGUAGCUGUAGGAGAAACUUUAUUGAAUAAUGAGGAAAAUAAGCAGACAGAGGUUCAGCAGACCAUUUCUGAGCUCCAGAAAAAGUGGGAAAGCAUUUGUCAGGUGGCCACUGAAUAUAGCAGCCCUCGAGAGCAACUUCAGUGCAACAGGGAGCAAUAUGAGCAAAUCAAAGAAGAUCUGAAACGGGCUCUAACGGAACUGGAGAAACAGCAACAGGAGACGGGAUUUGCCCUUCAGCCUGGUUUGCAGGAGAAGCAAGCUCAGCUGGCAAACUAUGCUGACCUCCUGCAGAAAGUAGAAGGCUUAACUUCCCAAUUUAGUGAAUUGAAAAGCCAGAAGGAUCAUCUACAGGGCCACACUGGGGAUCCCUGCUUCACAGAGGUGGAAUGGUCAGAAUUAAAGCACCAACAUGAAAAUCUGCUCAGCCAACUCCAGACCAUCGUGCAGACAUUAGAAAGUCGUGUUCAAGAGCACCAGCAGUUUCAGGAUAUGGUAACAGACCUGAGCACUGAGCUAAAAACUGUCUCUGAGAAGCUUUCUGGUGUUGAAGGUCCAGCAAUGGAACAACCAUCAGCUGAGCAAAACCAGUUGGAGUCACAGGAACAACAAGGACCUCUUAGUCAAUAUGAAGACACUUUAAAGAAGAUUUUGGUUUUAGCAGAAACUGUUAAACAAAACACCUCUUCAGCAGGACAGAAGUUUAUUAAGGAUGAGAUUGAAACACUUCAGAGCGAACACAGGAGUCUGGAAGAAAGACUUGAAAAUGUCAAGCAAAAGAAGGAAAAUAUUUUCAGUGAAGCCCUUGAGUUAAAAGAUGAGUUUGGUAAUGAAGUGCAAAUGGAAGAUAAGGCAGAUACAAUGUUGAAGAGAGAGAUACAGAUCACUUCUGACAAUGGUGUGGUUGCAGAAGAGACCCCCACAGAAGUGGAGUUGAAGGAGCCUUUGGAAAUGUGUGAUGGUCAAGAUGUAAAUGGAAAUGUGUCAGAGAAAGAGAAGCAGAAUGAUCCAGUUUUGGAGGAAAGCAGUCUAUUGUCAGACAACUCAUUAAAGGAUAUCAAUCUCAGCAAGGACAUAUUGGGGCAGGCUGUUCAGGGGGAGGCUGAUAAGGAAAGCCCAGGUAUGGACAAACGGGACAGGGUCCAAGAGGAUGUUCUGGACAGUGCAGUUCUGAGUGGUGAAGCAGAACUGGAAAGACAUCAGGAUGGUGUUCGUCCUGAAGGUGAAACAAGAAAGGAAACUCAUCCAGCAGAGGAGAAACCUAGUGAUGACAAGAAUGAGUCAUAUAGAGAAGACGUGGGAGAGGUUCAACAUAAGGUGUGCCAGAAGAGUCAAGUCCUGGAAUCUGCAGCAGCUGAGAAAGGUGGUCUGGGAUCUAAUCCCCCAGUUUCUGCACACGAGGACACAGGUGCAGAAGUGGUUGUCCAGAAGGAACUAUUUCCUGGAUUGCAAGUAAACACUGAAUAUUUUGAAGAGGAACAGAAGGUCAAUGAGCUGAAAAAGGAAGUGGCUGAACUGGAUAUGGUGCUUAUAAAUGAACAACUGAAAGAGCUGGAGGAUUUACAAAAUGAGCUGGAAACGUGGAAAGCAAAAUCUUUGUGCCAUAGUGAAGAAGUGAUUCCCAAUGCAACAGGAUCAAACAGAGCAGAGCUGCAAACCACGGAGCCUGUGGUGCCCUGCUGGGACAGGCUGCUCCAAGAAAUAGAUGCUGUUAAGGCAGUGAAGGAACAACAGUACUGUUUAAUUAAUGAAUACCAGAAAAAUCUUUCUGCUGCGCAGUCCUCCAUGAAAAAUUUGUCAACAGAAAAGGAUAACAUAAAAAUGGGUCCUAUGAACAACACAGUUCUUCUGGAGAAAAUUAAGGCAUGCAUAGAGUCCUUAAGGAAAGAAAGAGAUGUCUUAAACCAGCUGCAAAGUCAGCAGGAAAUUUUAUCUCAGCAUUUGACAUGCAUGGAUAAAGUGCUGACAGAAAGCCAAAUGAGGCAACUGGAGCACUGGUGGCAACACGUGGAACAAACAGUGCAAAAAAAACACGAUCAGGUUGUGGCAGAAAUUGAUGAAUUUAACCUGCUUAUGAAUAAAGCACAGGAUAUUCAGAGGCUGAUACAAGAACAGUAUUUACAAGCAGAGUUACAUUCCUCAGCUGCAGGAAAAGCCAAAGACCCUCUAAUUUGGACCACAGGGCUACAGGACAUUAAACAUGGACUUUCUCAAUUAAAAAGAAGGAUUGAACUGCAGAUGAAAAGAAUUUGGAGCGAUCAAGAGAAGGUGGCUUUGGAGAACUCUAUACAUGAUUUGCAGAGCAAAUUGGAAGCUUUAUCAGCACAACAAGCUCAAGGGGAUACUCAGAUCACUGGUCCUGCUCUCAUGAAACAUGAAAUGAUGAAGAGGCUGAAAGAAAAUAUUUCAUGGGUCAAAGAUUCACUGUCCCACCUUGAUCAGAAAGCAGCACUUUUCCCCAGUGAUGUCAAAUCACAGAUCAGAACUUGUCAGCUCAUGAGCACAGAAGUUGUGAACAGAGAGCCUGUGAUUCUGUCACUGGAUUAUGGGCUCCAACACAUCCUUCCCAGCUUGGAGCCAGAGGAGGUCUCUGAUAUGACCUUCCUUUUACAAACAUUGCAGAAUUCAUACAAGGCUCUUGUUUUAAAAUCUGCUCAAAGAUUGCAGCACCUAGAGCUCCAGCUGGAGGAGAGGCAAAGACUUAUUGCAGAGAUAGACAAAGUUCACUGUCAGCUUCGAAAUGCUGAGCUGCUUGCCAGGCCUGACACGAACCAAACCAGCACGUGCUUAGAGUUAGUCAGCCAACAAAGCAUCUUAAAGGAGAUGUUAAAGGACAUACAGGAAAUAGAAGGGCUUAUCUCAUCUCACUGCAAAGAGAGUCAGGUCACAGCUGGGGAGCUGAGCCUGUCUGAACAACUAUUUUUGAUUGAUCAGUUAAGAAGUCUGAAGAACAGAGCAAGAAAGACACAGAGGCAAAUUCAGAGUAAAAUUCAUGAAGUGGAAAAAAAGAUAGCUGUCUACAGAGAGUUUGCUGAAGGAAUAGCUUCACUACAUCAGGGUCUUAAUGAUCUACAGAAUGGUGAAAUGAACCUGAAAGAAGAUGAAUUAGUAGAUGCCAAGCAGGGAGUGAAGGAGAAAUGCAAAGCACUUAAAGAAAAAGUAUUAGCUCUUCAGGCAGAUUUGUCACAAAUAAUGAAGUACAAAGAAAUCUUUGAAUGUGUAGGUCUGAAAUGGGACUCACUGCAGCUGGAUGAAUUGCAAGCUGAAUUUUCUAAAAUAAAAAGUAAAAUUAAAGGAAAGAUAAUGCACUUUGAGAAUGUUGUUAGGGAAUGGGAUAAGAUUCAAGUAUUGCUAAAUGAAAUCCAGACUGUAACAUCCACUGUAAGAAAACAAGCUAACAUCCUAAAUGAUAGCUCUAGCUCUUCUCCUGCUGAGAAUGUCAUAUCUGCAAAGAUUCUGCUGCAGACAGUUCAACAAAUCUUGUGCUUAACUCAGGAGGCAGCAAAUCAAAUAAACAAAAAUGAGGUCUUUGAUACACUAUUCAAAAAAUCUAAGACAGAAGAAAUUAAGAGCCUGGAGAAAGAUGUUGAAGAAUUGAAUAAGUUUCUUCAAAACUUGGUCUCUGGGCUCCAGAGUGUAAACAAGGAAGAUACCCAGAAUGAAGUAGAAAAUAUAUCCCACAUCAUAAAGCAUAUUCAGUCAGAGCUCCAGCAGCCAGUUGUGAUAGAUGUGAAAACAAUGCAGGAUGAAAAGCUGCGAUGGGAAGCAAUUCAGAAUAUGGUGCAAGCAAAUUUUUCUGCUAUUAAACACCUAAUGGAAAAGGAGAGGGAAAAUCAAGAAGAAAAAUCUCUUGCUGCUGGUAUAGAAACAAAGUUAGAGAUGCUGCAAAGUCAUGAAGCACAACUGAAGACAGACAUUGCUGCCCGUGUUAGUGCUCUGGAGGAGGCGUGUGAGAUUGGUGAUCUUUAUACCAAGGCCCUUCAGAGGGCUACCAGAUUGCUGGAGGACUUUGAAGCUCAAAUCCAGGCUGGCGCAGCAGAGCUCUGUAGCUCAGAGGAGAUCUGUCAGACCCCACAAUGGAAACAGGAAGAGUUCAACUCUGCAAAGGCUGAUGUAGAAAACUUUCACUCCAAGCUGAAAAGCCUAGUGAAACCAGAAGAUAAAGUAUAUCUGGAAAAUACUUUAACAGAAAUGGUCAAUAAGAGUUUGGCAUUAAGGAAGAAGGCUCAGAGAAAGGAAGCUCAUGAACAUAGGUAUUUUGAAAAAUACAAAAGCUACACAAAAACCAAAGAUAAAGUGUGUGAUACUCUUAAGAAACUGGAAAAGAUGCUUAGACAGUCUUUGUCUAAAAUUCCAAUGUCUUAUAAAGAAGCGUUGGAGCACUUAGAAGAAAGCAAGAUUUUAGUCUCCAACAUUGACUCGGCUGAAGAGGAUCUUGUGAAGCUGAGGCAGAUCUCUGGAGAGCUGAUGAGAUUAUGCAGAGGAAGUGACAGGGCCCUGGGCAGGAUUGUAACAGUGCUGUGGGAAAACUGGUUGGGUUUGCUUGAGGCAGCAAAAGGGCUGGAAAUCAACUGUGAAGAACUAAAGCAGGAAUGGAAAUUCAUCAAUGAAGAGCUGGAACGAGAAACAAUAAUUCUCGAUAAGCUCCAGGAAGAACAGCCAGAAAGCCUUAAAGAGAAAGAAAAGGCCACCAGAGAGGAACUGGUAGAGUUACUAGAUUUUGUGAACUCCUUUGAAGAAAACAUCAACCAGCAACAACUUCUCUUGCUCUUACUUCUUCACCGAAUAAGAAACAUCCUGAAUACAUCUGAAAACACCGAGGCAGAAGCUGCCCUUCCUGCCUUAUGUGAGAUAAAGGCAAUGCAGGAUCGCUGCAAAAAGUUGUAUGAAAAGGCUCAAGACCAUAAGGAUUCUGUGAAAGCUGAGAUUCAAGAGAGGAACAAGGUCACUGAAGAAAUAAGUGCUGUGACAAAUGCAUUACAGAAUGCUGCAUCUGUGUUAUUGCAGGAUGCUGAUGGAAAGGCAGAACAACUGGAGGAGCUUCAGAGUGUGAUCAGUAAAGAAAGUCAAGCUCUACAGGAUAUCAUGGAGAAACUCCGGAUCAAGUAUUCUGAAAUGUAUACAAUAGUUCCUGCAGAGAUUGAAACACAGCUGGAGGACUGCAAAAAAGUACUGCAUGACCUAGAAGAGAAGGUUAGCUCUGAAAUCUUGCAGAACUCUCCUCAGUACGUGCUGAAAAGCAAAGCAGAAACUAUUAACAAUGGCCUGCAAGCUAUUGAAAAGAUGUUGCAACAGAAGAGUGAAAACAUUGCCAAAGCCAAAGAAGUUCAGAAGCAAAUCUGGGAUAUGCUGGACCUUUGGCAUUACAAACUCAAUGAACUGGAUGCAGAAGUGCAAGAUAUAGUGGAGCAGAAUUCCUGCCAUGCACAGGAGUUGAUGGAUAUCUUGGUGACCCCCCUUCAGCAUUACCAGCAGGUCUCACAGCUUGCAGAGCGCAGAACUGCCAUUUUAAACAAGGCUGCCAACAAGAUGGAAGAAUAUGAUGAACUCUUGAAGAAUGUGAAAGAUUGGAUAGAAAGCACCAACUGUUUGCUAAGAACAGAUGUUCAAAGUGACUCUGCAAAAAGCUUACGCAAGCAUACUGAUGACCUGCAGAUGGCUUUGGAAGACUCAGAACAAAAGCAAAAUGUUCUGCACGGUGUUUACGUGGAGCUGGAGGAGCUGACACCAGUCUUUGAAACCAGCAGUGUAAUGCAACAGCUGCAUGAAAUAGAUGACCAAGUAGCAACUUUACAGCAUGAGAUAGCAGAGAUUCUUCCACAGAUCCUGCAUGUGGCUGAUGAAUUGGAUGCCAUUGAAUCUCAUGUGAAAGUGUUUGAGAAGGAUGUUGCAGAAAUGAAGACAAUCCUGUCAUCAGACGAUCUGUUAGAAUUUUCGCCUAAAGACCAACUUAAACAUGGACAGGUUAUACUUGAGCACGUUGGUCCCAUGCAGAAGACUAUUGUUCAUAUACAGUCCUAUGAAGAAGCACUUCAGCUACCAGCAAUGAAAAUGCAACCUUUCUCAGUCUUCAAAAGAGCAAGAAAACUCUUGAGAGAAUUGAAGAAAUUAGAAAAAAUUACUAAGGAACAAAAUGACCUACUUGAGGAAACUGUAAAGAAAACAGAAGAAUGUGAGCAAGAAAUUGAAAAGUUGAAACAGCUCUUAAAGAACCACUUGGUUGAAGUAUCACAUGAAGAUCAACCACAGGCUCAGAAGACUCACUGUCCAGAGGGAGAAAUGGAAGCUGUAAAAGAAGAGAUCAUAAAGCUGUGCCAAAGAAAGGAAGAUAUCCUUACCGGGAUGAAGAGUUCCAUGUCUGAGCUUCACCAGCGCUUACAGCAAGACAUGCCUGAAUCAGCAGAUGAAUCUAUAGCCUCUGUGUUAGCACAGAGUAACUCAGUUGGGACUGAUGUUUCUGGUCAGCAGUUGAAAAAAAGAGGAUUGGUAUCUCUUCUGCCUUCUUUAGAUGAAGAAUCAGAAGACUGUUCUUUCCACAGCAAGGGAAGUCCAGCCACAGAGAAAGAUGCAAGCUUUUGGCCUUCAGAAAGAGAUGAUGAAAGGCACAAGGAAGACAGUGCAACCUCUUGGUCUUCUGGUACCUUGUCGGAUGGCAUUGUUCAGGAUGAGGAUGUAAUAAUUGAAUCGCACAGUAAACAUGGUGAAGAAACAUCUCUGCAAACUUUGGAGAGCACUGAAGACCCUGGCACAGGUGAUGGCAGUCUGGCUAUGAGCGACCAGCCGCCUCCAGUCCCCAACGUCGCCCUGGGCUCUCGAGGGGAAGCACUGGAUGGCGGGAAGCCCGAGCCAGAAUCCAUCCUCCUGGUGUGCCAGGCCCAGGUUGCCGAGCUGGAACAAUGGCUAGACAAAACUAAAAUGUCCCUGAGGUCAGACCCUCAGACCCCCCAAGCACAGCAGGUGGUGGAGCCGCAGCUUGCGGAUUGCCAGGUGAGGUUAUCAGAGAUUGAACAAAAGGUCCUCUCUUUACUGGAAGAUUGUGGAGAUAGUGCAGAUUACCAACAGAAAACAGAGGCUCUUUCCAUGAAGCUGAAGGAAGUGAAGCGCAAUUUGGAGAAUGUCCAGAUGAUGCUUCAAGACAAGUACAAUGAAGAGCAGGUUAACAACAGGGAGAGGGUCGACCCAGAGCCCCUUGAGAUCCUGCACUCAGAUGGCUUCAGUGUGCCCCAGCCUGCCCUUGCUGAACAGCCACCCAGUUGGCACAACGGUCUCCAGCACCCACAGGAUCUGAAAGUAAAAGCAGCUGAGCAGAAAAGCCUCAUUGACUUUAUUGAGUCGUGCGUGGAAAAAAUGCAGCCACAGCUUGAGGACAGUGUGACUCAGAAAUCAGAAUCAAGCAGUGGAGAAUCUGAUUCAAAGAGCAAGCAGGCUGAUCCCACCUUGGCUCCAAAGGAUCAGAUGGGAAAUAAAUGGCAAUAUUUACAACAAGAGCUGUCAUCAAAGGUGAAAUCUCCUCUCUGCCAGCUUGUGGAACCUCAGAUUACAACAAAGAUGAACAUGCUGCCCCGAGGAACAUUCACAGGUACAGGAACCCCAACGGUGGAAGAACUGAAAACUUACACUGUCCAGCUGGGAGACCUGAGCCAGGAAGCAAAUGUGGUGCAUGCACAGGAUAACGUGGCAGAGGAAGUCUCUUCCAAUUUGGACAGAAAGUUGUUUGAGUUGCUUCUGGCGAUCAGCCGAUGUUUGAAUAACAUGGAGGAGAUGUUGAACACCUCAGUCCUCUCCACAGAAGAGGCAGCCGUGCAACAGGCUCUUUAUGAGACUCUGUCUGUCGAGCUGCAGAAACUUCACGCUGAUCUGAGUGAUAAAAAGGAUGAUCUCCUGAAGUCUAUUAGCUGUGCUGGUGGGAGCACAGAUGUGUUCUGCGAGUGCUUUAACAACUUGCAGGCACGGCUGGAACAAACUCAAGCUGCCACUGCUUCAAGGAGCAACUCAAUGAAAGCUGGGCUGGAUCAUAAUAGCAAUUAUCUGAAUCAAACCAGGCUGCUCUAUGAUCAGUUAACUGAGAAAAAAGCUGCUCUGCAACAAUGCUUGAAUGAACUACAUGGACAUAAUGUUUCUGAACAGCUUCAGAAAGUUGAUGCCUAUGCUUUGGAGCUGCAAAACUUUGAAAACCAAGUGGCAAAAUUGAGAGGCCAUGGAGAAAGAUUGCAGUUACCUAUCACCUUAAUCCAGGAAGCUUAUAAAUUAGAGGAUGUUUUGGAUGACAUGUGGGGGAUUCUGAAAGCAAAGUAUGUGGAGCUGAACUCCCCUUCCAUCAGCGAAAGCCAGUAUGAGGACUUACUUCGUGGGUUUGCAGAGCUGGUAGCUAUUGGAAGAGAGAAGAUGGCACAAGAUCCAAAGCAGCUAGCAAAAAGCAGAGCAACUCUACAGUCUCACCUGGAAAAUCAUAAGGACUUUUUCCGCAACCUCAUGACCCGCAUGGCUUACAUGCAAGCAUUUUCUAAGAGAGUGAGUCCUUCCGUCCUGCAAAAGAGAGAGGAAUUCUGGAAAGAGCUGGUGAAUGAAGUCAGGUUGCUGGAGCAGAAGGCCUGCCAAUAUGGUAUCCACUUAGAAAGCCUGUUAAAGGAAUGGAUGGUGUUUGAUGAGGAACGCCUAGUUUUCAAUAAGGAGUUAGAGGCACUUGCCUCUACGUUGCCUUCUGUCAAUUUAGUUGAAGAAACUGAAGAAAGAUUGAUGGAAAGGAUUGCACUUCUAGAGCAAAUCAAAAUCAGUGUUGAUGAAAAGCAUGCCAGGCUAUACCAGAUGGUGAAAGAAGGGAAGAAAUUGCUGACUGCUGUGAGCUGUCCAGAAAUAAGAAGCCAGAUUGGGAAGCUGGAAGAGCAGUGGUUGUCUUUAACCAAAAAAGUUGGCCAUGAACUACACCGACUUCAAACAUUACUGAAGCUCUUGGUCAGCUACAACAGAGACUCUGAGGAAUUAAUGAAAUGGCUGGACUCUGCUCAGCAGAGAAUGAAUUUUUGGAAGGAGCAGUCUCUCAAUGUGUCACAAGAUCUUCCCACCAUCAGGGACAACAUCAGCAGCUUGUUUACGUUCUCUAAGGAAGUUGAUGAAAAAUCUUCCCUGAAGUCAUCAGUGGUGAGCACUGCCAACCAGCUCUUUCACGUGAAGCAAGCUGAUACUGCAGCACUUAGGUCAUCUUUGGCAAAGUUUGAGCAAAAAUGGGGAGAGCUGAUUACACAACUCCCAGCCAUCCAAGAAAAGCUUCACCAGCUUCAAAUGGAAAAACUUUCAUCGCGGGAAGCUAUUGCUGAACUAAUGACCUGGCUGGACCAUGUGGAACAGCAGCAGGAACAUGAGGAGCCAGUAAAUUCACAACGCAGUGCUGCCCAAGUCAAGAGCCUCCUUCACAAGUACAAGGAAUGCAUGAUGGAAAUGAACCUUAAACAGUGGAUGGUAGAUUUUGUUAACCAGUCACUGCUGCAGAUGAGCACUUGCGACGUGGAGAGCAAGCGGUACGAAAGGACGGAAUUUGCUGAGUGUCUUGGUGAGAUGAACCUGCGGUGGCACAGGCUGCAGGCAGCCCUAAACAGAAAGAUACAAGACCUGGAACACAUUUUGGAGGAUAUUUCUGAAAAUGAGAACAAAGCACAGACUCUUCGCAACUGGCUGGAAGCUCAGAGUGAUCGACUGAGAUCCUUACAAACCCCAGCAAGUCUGAUUUCUGCACAGAACACAUUAGAUGAUUGCAAGGAGCUAGAAAAUCAACUCACAGCUAAAUCCAAAACUCUUGACGAUCUCAAACAGAGUUUGGCUUCGAAUGGUAGUGCAGAACAAACCCCAGAAGCUCAGUCUCUCAGGCUUGCUGAGCUGUGUGAAAUGAAGGACAGCAUUGUAAACCAGGUUGCACAGUUAAAGGCCUCAAUGCAGUCAAUACUGGAGCAGUGGAGAGCAUAUGAUGAAACUUAUGCAGAAGUCAGCCUGAUGACAACAAGAUAUUUGUACUGCAUAGACCAGUGCAAACCUUCUGGGGAAGAAGCUUCAUUGGAAGCUUUGAAAAAACAGGUCAAAACUCUCCAGUCUCUUCAAGAUGAAUCAGAGAACAGCGAAGAAAGCUGGGCCAAGCUCCAGGCUGCUGCCAGUAACCUGAAGAAGAGCUGCUCCCCAUCCUUCGCAGAGAUUAUUGACCAGAAGUGCACAGAGGCACACACUAGGUGGAACUCAGUAAACGAAGACAUCACAGAUCAGCUGCGGGCAGCGCAGGCGACCCUGCAGCUGUGGGAGCCCUUCGAUACUUUAUGCACUGAGACAGCAGCCAAGUUACAGCAGUACAACGAGCAGUGCACUCAGCUCUUGGAUGCCCAUGUGCCCGAGGAGAACAUGAUAGAAACCCUGGAGCAGAGGAUACAGGAUAUGAAGAAUUUACAGCAUGGCCUUCAAAACAUAGCAGGAUGCCGUACCCAGAUUUAUUUGCAGGCUGAUAGGAUAAAACAGCAGGCUGGGACAGCUGCUGAAGCCAUUCUGGUGGAGAAGCUGCAGCCUUUCCAGAGAGCCACCUAUUUGGAAAAGAUGCUGCAGAGGAAGUUGGAUGAACUUCAGUUCAAUCUUCUACAACUGGAGGAUUUCAACAACUGCCUUGAUACCCUGGAGGGUCGUGUCAAGAAUUGCACAGACGCCUUUGAUAGCCUCUGUCUAGAGGAAGGAACAGACAACUCAGAAUUGCUCAUGAAUCACACACUGGAGCUUGCUGCACUUUCUCCAAGCAUAGAGAGUUUGAAUGAAGCAAGCAUUAAGCUGCCACUCAGUGACUUCACCCUGAAGAAAAUGCAAAGCCUAACUCGGCUGUGGAGUCAGAAAACAGCAGCUGCUCUGGAAUGUUGCAGUAUGCUUGAGGGAACCCAAAGCGAUGAAAAGAAAUUCUUUCAGAAAUGUGAAAAAUGGAUGAAAUUCCUGGAAAAAAUGAAAGAGGCCUUAAAAACAGAUAUUCCAGGACGGUUUGAAGAACUGCAAGAGCAACAGAGAGUAUAUGAGAUGCUGCAAACUGAGAUUUCCAUAAAUCAGCAGACAUUUAAUUCCAUCAUAGAAAAAGUUCUACUCUCCUUGGAGUCCGGAGAAGCAGAGAAAAGGACAGAGUUUAUUUCCAAGCUCACCUUGCUGAAAGAGCAGUGGCAGAAUGUUAUCCGGAUGGUUCAGCAGAGGAAGAAAGAUAUUGAUGGACUCGUGAGCCAGUGGCAGCUCUUCAGGAGUUCCCUUCAGAGUCUCAACAGAUUCCUUGAUGAUACCAACAGCUUCCUCACAGCUGUGAAGAGCCAGGACUGUUAUAGCCUUUACCAGCUUAGAAAUGUAAUUCAUGAUUUCAAGAGUAAGACAGUGAUUCUUCAGAGGUGGCAGGCCGUGUACACCUUAGUCAUCGACGUUGGGGAGAAGUUGCGCGCUGUCUCCAGUCCCGAGACCAGCGCUGCUCUCCAGGAGGAGCUCAGCCAGUUGCAGCAGAGUUGGGGGAAAACCCAGGCCCUGCUGGAGAAGAAGAAGAUGCAGUUCAGCGGCACCCUACAGACUUGUGACCGCUUUGAAAAGCAAACCAAGGAAUUGGAAAGCAGACUGCGAGAGUUAAAGGAGAAAGUAAAAGAUCCACUCCCUGUUGAACACGAAGAGCUCCACAAAGCCAAGGAACACAUUAAGGAGCUGGAGCAGUCGCUGGCAGACUGGGCCCACGACAUGAAGGAGCUGCAGGCCAUGAAGGCGGAGCUGGCACACCUCAUCCUCACCGAGGACAUGAUGGUGCUCAAGGAGCAAGUGGAACACUUGCACAGGCAGUGGGAAGAGCUCUGCUUGCGGGUGUCUCUGCGGAAGCAGGAGAUCGAGGACAGGCUCAAUGCCUGGAUCUUGUUCAAUGAAAAGAACAAGGAGCUGUGCUCCUGGCUGGUGCAAAUGGAAAGCAAAGUGUUGCAGACUGCAGAUGUUAGCAUUGAGGACAUGAUAGACAAAUUGCAGAAGGACUGCAUGGAAGAAAUAAACCUGUUCAGUGAAAAUAAGCUUCACUUGAAACAAAUGGGUGAUCAGCUAAUCAAGGCUAGCAACAAGAGCAGAGUUGCAGAAAUAGAUGACAAGCUCAACAAAAUCAAUGAUCGCUGGCAGCACCUCUUUGAUGUCAUUGGGUCACGGGUGAAGAAACUGAAGGAAACAUUUGCUUUUAUACAACUUUUGGACAAAAACAUGAGUAACCUUCGCACGUGGUUGGCCCGGAUUGAGUCUGAGCUUUCCAAGCCUGUUGUUUAUGACAUCUGUGAUGACCAAGAAAUCCAGAAGAGACUGGCAGAACAGCAGGAUCUGCAGCGAGACAUAGAGCAGCACACGGCAGGUGUGGAGUCCGUGUUCAAUAUUUGUGAAGUCCUGCUACAUGACUCAGAUGCUUGUGCUAAUGAGACAGAGUGUGACUCCAUCCAGCAGACUACCAGGAGUUUGGACAGACGGUGGAGAAACAUCUGUGCCAUGUCUAUGGAAAGGCGAAUGAAAAUCGAAGAAACCUGGCGUCUGUGGCAGAGGUUUCUGGAUGACUAUUCUCGCUUUGAAGAUUGGCUAAAAUCGUCUGAAAUGAUAGCAGCAAGGCCUAAUUCUUCAGAGGUUUUGUACACGCAUGCAAAGGAGGAGCUGAAGAAAUUUGAGGCAUUCCAGCGGCAGAUCCAUGAGCGCCUCACGCAGCUGGAGCUGAUCAAUAAGCAGUACCGGCGCCUGGCCCGCGAGAACCGCACCGACUCCGCCAGCAAGCUGAAGCAGAUGGUGCACGAAGGAAACCAGCGCUGGGAUAAUCUCCAGAAACGAGUCGCUUCCAUUCUGAGGAGACUCAAGCACUUCACCAAUCGGAGAGAUGAGUUUGAGGGGACAAGGGAAAGCAUCCUUGUUUGGCUCACAGAGAUGGACCUCCAGCUGACAAACGUAGAGCACUUCUCCAAAAGUAACUUUGAUGACAAAAUGCGGCAGUUAAAUGGUUUCCAGCAGGAAAUAACACUGAACACCAAUAAGAUUGAUCAGCUAAUCGUUUUUGGGGAGCAGUUGAUUCAGAAGAGCGAGCCUUUGGAUGCUAUUCUGAUUGAAGAUGAGUUGGAAGAACUUCAUCGAUACUGUCAGGAGGUGUUUGGGCGAGUUGCCCGGUUCCACCAAAGACUGACCUCAAGGGAUCCUGGAUUGGACGAUGAAAAAGAUAACUCUGAAAAUGAGACAGAUCAAGAAGACUCCAGAGAAAUCCAGAACGAUCCCUGGCAUAAGAAGGCCAUCAGCGAGGGGCCCUCAUCAGCACAGUCCCUUUGCCACCUUGUGCCCCCUACUCAAGGUCACGAGAGAUCAGGCUGUGAAACCCCUGUCAGUGUUGACUCCAUCCCACUCGAGUGGGAUCACACAGGUGAUGUGGGAGGUUCUUCCUCUCAUGAAGAUGAUGAAGAAGCAACAUACUACAGUGCUCUGUCAGAUGUAGAAAUCACUGAAAACCCUGAGGCAUAUCUUAAAAUGACCACAAAAACUUUGAAAGCAUCUUCUGGAAAGUCUGUUUCAGAAGCUCAUCCUUGGCAUUCUCCAGGUAGCCCAGUCUGCAGGAAACACAGAUAUAACCAGGCAGAGAUGGUUGGAAAUGUAUUGUCUGGUCCAGAAACAAGUACUCCCUAUAAACCAGACUAUGGCUCACCCACCAAAAUGUCCUUCCAGGUGAAGCAGCUCAGCUCUGCAAGCAGCAGCAGCAAAGAGAAAACUCCAUCUGCUAAUAUGAGUGAUGAAGAACCCCAAGAUGAUCAAGAGCUCAUGAAUAUAGCAGCAGCAGAGAAGCAGCCAGGCAUUAUUGAUAGGUGGGAGCUCAUCCAAGCUCAAGACCUCAGAAAUAAACUUAGGAUGAAACAGAAAUUGCAGCAGUGGCAGCAGCUGGACUCAGAUCUCAGUGACAUCUCUGCUUGGCUUGAUAAAACCGAGGAAGAGCUGGAAGAGCUGCAAAAAGGGAAAAUUCCAACGAGCAUGCAGGCAUUGGAACAAAGGGUCAAGAAGUUGAAAGACAUGCUUAAAGCAUUUGAUAACUACAAAGCAGUGUUGCUUUCUGCUAACCUGAGCAGCAAAGAAUUCCAGAAAGCGGAUAGCACAGAGUUCAAGGAGCUUCAGAACAGGCUUCGGAAGGUGAACUUGCACUGGGAGAAGGCAACUCGUGCACUGGACAGCUGGAGGAAAGGUUUACAACAAGCCUUACUGAGUUGCCAGGACUUCCAUGACCAGAGCCAGAAACUAAUCCUGUGGUUAGCAAGUGCUGAAAGCCGAAGGAAUGAAGCACAAGUCACAGAUCCAAAUGCUGACCUCAAUACAACACUGGAAUGCCAAAAGGAGCUAAUGCAACUGGAGAAAGAGCUGCUGGAGCAACAGCUUAAUGUAAACUCCCUUCAAGAACUCACUGCUUACCUGCUGCUUAAAUCAGAUGGUGACUACAUUGAAGAGGAAGAGAAGGUCCAUGUAAUUGGAACAAAACUGAAACAGCUUAUUGAACAAGUCUCUCAUGACUUAAAAACAAUACAAGGAAAUUUGGAUACAAAAACAUUCCUGCUAGUUCCAGAUGACUUGGACUCAGGAGACUAUAAUCCAGAAGCAGAGAAAUCCAGCCCUGCUGUGAAGAAGAUUGUGGCAAGGAGAACUGCUGAUAGCAGAAACAGCAGCGGCACAAGAAGUGAAAGCCAUCCACAACCCGUGCAGACAAACCCUCGGUCCCCCUCCUUCUUUUACCGGGUGUUACGAGCAGCUUUACCUCUCCAGUUGUUCUUUCUACUGCUUUUGCUCCUGGCCUGCAUGAUUCCAUCUUCUGAGGAGGACUACAGCUGCACCCAGGCAAACAACUUCGCCCGCUCCUUCUACCCCAUGCUGCGAUACACCAACGGGCCUCCACCGACCUAAAGUCGCCCUCGCCUACACCAAAACACUCUGGGAGGUGCUUUUUUUUCGUGCUGCCAGCAUCGAUCAAUCAAGCAGCAAAUUUCACAUCUCAAAAUGUAUAUCUUGACAGAAUUUCAGCAUUUUUGUACGGGAAACAGACUUUUUUUUUUUUUCUAUAGAUUUUUAAACUGUAAGCAACACACUUUAUACUUUGAUGCAAUAGAUGCGCUAUUUUGUUAGGGGCAGUGCUCUUAAGCUUGCAAGGUGUUUGAACACCGAGUUAUUAGAUGCAGAAACGACAUCACAGUAAUCUUAAACAUAGCAGUCUGUCUUGGGUUAGCAUGACAGACAAGCAGUUGAAGAGGGACUUUCCUUAACAUGAUUACUGCACACACUUCACGUUACCUGUAUCUUUUGGUACUGUAGUCACUUUGUGGAAACAGAAGAAAUUACAUAUUUUUGAAUCUUUGUUACUGUAUUUUGUUCACCUAACACAUUCAAUAACAUGAUGCACAUGUGUUUUGUUUGACAUAAAGUGUUCUAGUGGUUAGGACUGCUGUGUUGUCUUUUUAUACCACUUUUGAAAUAAGAAAUUGCUGCAUUGCAUGGAAAUGAUUUAUAAUGCACAUAUUUUCUAGAUGAACAUGAUUAUGUAGACUAUCCUUGAUGUAUACAAAUAGUGUAAUGACUUUUUUAACGAAAGAAUUUUUUUCAGUUUUUAACCUGCUGAAUAGUGUACAGUAUUUGGGAGAGAAUUGUGCAUUUUUAUAAGCUUUGUUUUUCAAUUGAGACUGACACUUGGGCAAUGGCUGGAAAAACACUGUGUACAGUCAGCAUUGCCACUGCUCCUCAGUUGUACAGUUUGAGUACUGUCAUUAAAAUUUUGCCAAUGUC